GGUCCCACUCGGCCAAUAUUGGCUCGCCAGAGAAAAAGGACUCGGCGGCGACGGACGUCACUCUCCGAAGUUGUCGGAGCGAAUCGCUCCGUCUCUCUCCUCCGGCGGCGCAACUUCUUUUCUCGCAGGCCGACCACUCUCCACAAAACGAGCGGCCGAAUCUAACUUCCUGUCCCUUCCUUAAUUUCUGCAAGCAACGCGGCUACCCAUAAUGCCGUCCUAGCAUUUACAGCGUGGUCCAUCGUCAUAAUAAUCGUCUUGGCUUUUCAGCAAUCAGCAGUGGGGGGAUCAUCUUGGUUUUGUCGCUGUAAAUUGCCAGUUCCAGUUCUGGUGGGAGAGGAGCGCGCCGAGAACAUCGAUGACCACGGAGUGCUCGGGGCGCUGGGACGGCUGGGUUAAGGAGGCGCUCGCGAGGCUCGAGUCCCUCAAGAUCGUUCGGUCCCUGCGGCCCAUUCGCCUGUCGGCGCAACCGCAUGGGGUCGGCGGUGAGGCAGGUCGAGAGUCCGAGCCAGGGAGCGGUGGGAGUGACGAUGAGUACGAGGUGUUCGAGGAAAUGAAACCGUGGGACCGAACUUCGGUCGAGGUUGACGUCGCCGACUCCACGUUCCGCAGCUGGCUCCUUGACAUCCCUAGCUCUGGAGAAGAUUUUAUGUUGGGAGAUGGAUUGGCUGAUGGUGCAGUAGCAGCAAGCGACCGGGAACUCAAGAAGCUAACUUUAUUCUCUAGUAAUGACUACCUUGGGUUGAGUUCACAUCCCACAAUUGGAAAAGCUGCUGCCAAGGCAGCAAAAGAGCAUGGCAUGGGUCCAAGAGGAUCUGCUCUGAUCUGUGGAUAUACCAAUUACCACAGACGCCUGGAGUCUUGCUUGGCAGAGUUAAAAAAGAAAGAGGAGUGUCUUCUUUGUCCUACUGGGUUUGCAGCGAACAUGGCCUCGAUGGUGGCAAUUGGAAGCAUUAGCCUUCUGCUUGCUGCAGGUGGACAACCUGAAAAGGAUGAGAAGAUAGCAAUAUUUUCUGAUGCCUUGAAUCAUGCAUCCAUAAUUGAUGGAAUCCGUCUUGCUGAAAGACAACGAAGUGUGGAAGUUUUCGUUUAUGGACACUGUGACAUGGUUCACCUGAAUAAAUUGCUAUCUGCCUGCACAACGGAGAGGAAAGUUGUUGUGACCGAUAGUUUGUUUAGCAUGGAUGGAGACUUUGCACCGAUGGAUGAGCUUGUGAGACUUAAAAGAAAGCAUCAUUUUCUCUUAGUCAUUGAUGACGCUCAUGGAACAUUUGUUUGUGGAAAAAAUGGCGGAGGAGUUGCAGAGGAGUUUGAUUGUGAAAGAGAUGUUGACAUAUGUGUCGGCACUCUGAGCAAAGCUGCAGGUUGCCAUGGUGGAUUCAUCGCAUGCAGCAAAAGGUGGAAGCAACUCAUCCAGUCAAGGGGUCGCUCUUUCAUAUUUUCUACUUCUACUCCUGUCCCAGUUGCUGCUGCUGCACAUGCUGCUGUUAUUGUGGCAAAGAAAGAGACGUGGCGUAGAAGGGAACUAUGGAACCGCGUGCAGGACUUUCGUACUCUCACUGGAAUCCCCAUCUUAAGUCCAAUAAUCUCUCUCAUUGUUGGUAGUGAAGAGAAUGCCUUGCAAGGAAGCAGGCAUCUGCUGGAGUCUGGAUUUCAUGUGACUGCAAUUAGACCCCCAACAGUUCCUCCGAAUUCAUGCAGGCUAAGGGUUACUUUGACUGCGACGCACAGAAAGGAUGAUCUAGUGAAGCUUACAGAAGCACUUUCCCGCUGCAUCAACUUUCAAGAAAUAUCCAUCCAUUGCCCAAAAGUCUAUGCUAGACUAUAAGGCAUAAUCUUUACCUAUAACUCAAAUCUUGUUUUCAGUUCUCCCUUCUCGUGUAAGUCAAAUCAUAGCUAGUCAGUUCUGAGUAACGCAUUUUAUGGCUGGAAGGCAGGCCAAGCUACAAGUUAAUGUUCAUGUCUUUUACUGGGUAGGAAAUUUCAGAGAAAAUGUUCAGCAUAUGACGGUAA